UGUAUGAGUUCCUCCUGUUAAUCAGAUAUAUUCAACACAAAGUGUUAACUUAACUUUUUAUUGCUGAAACCACUUAAUCAUACAGAAAUCUUCUUCAAAAAUAAUUAUCGAUAUUAUUUGAAUUUUAGUUUUCGAUACAACAAACAAUAUUGGACAGUGCUUGCAUGCUUUACAGCAACAAUUCUACUUAACAAAUACGAAAAUAUUGAAAUAAAAAGCUUUUUAGAUUUGUUAUGAAAAGGAGCGCAAUGGAAAUGGAGCGUCUGACAUAUGAAACCGCAGUGAAAAAGGCGCAGUUGGUUGAACGGAAUCCUCAACCAAAUGGCGUGCAUAUAUUGGAUCCAUUGCGUGUGUCCAUGCAUAAUGAGGAAGACAUAAUUUCCCUAGCAACACAAAUACAAAAUGCGGAUAAGCAGUUGAAAUCCGGAACAUGUCAGAAGCUUUGUGUGAUACUAGAUCAGAUUAAAAUGCUGCAAGCGCAAGCUAUGGAAAUAUUGAAGGAGUCGGAGGAGAGUCAAUUAUUACACAACGCCGCAUGCAACUUCACGAAAAAACCUGGACAUGUUUAUCAUCUCUAUCAACGGCAAUCCGGUCAGAGCUAUUUCAGUAUGCUUUCGCCCGAAGAAUGGAGCGGGAGUGUCGAUCAAAAGUACCUUGGCAGCUAUAGAUUAGAGUUUGAUUUAUCCUGGACGCCGUUGGAUAAAAUAAACGAACGUGAUGAGAAGAUGAAAUGGGCUGAGAAAUGCCUGGCAACAACCACCUUAGCUUCCGGUCCCAUACCCAUGGCCAUUGAUUUUGGCAACGAUAAAUAAACAAAUAAAUGUUAACAAUUUAGCAAA